AUGGCUGCGCGGGCGGCCCUGCUUCUGGGGGUGCUGCUGCUGAUUCACCGCCCCGGGGAUGCAGCUCUCCUGGAAGCCAAUGGCAACCUGAGCUGCCGCUGCGCCAAGACCACCAGGGCCUUCAUCUCCCCACGGAAAUACAGCAGCAUCGAGGUCCGGCCGGUGGGGAGCAGCUGCCGGCGCCUUGAGGUGGUGAUUAAGCUAAAAAGCCUGGAGAGGGUCUGCGUGGAUCCUGACGCCCUGUGGGUGAAGAAACUCCUGCAGGACCUCCCGCACCUGAGGAAGAAAGAGGCUCCCCGCUGAGGAAGCUGCCGCCGCUGGGACGGCCAGAUGUGCCAGGCCCCAAACUGGACCCCCCCACACCCUGCUGUCCCCUUGCUCCGGUGCGAAGGGGGGGUGCGCGCUGCUGCGUGAUGUCCUCAGCCCCUUUUUCCUUUGCGUUUUAUGCAUU